AUGAAUGUUGACAUUUUGAGUAAAAGUGAAAGUAAUAGUCAAUCUGAAGUUGAGACUGAAGGAACAGACAAUGAGACCGAGUUAGAUCAAAACCAAAAAGAAUUUCAUAACAAAAUAGAAAAUUCACCUCUUUUGAGUGAAACCUUUUUUACAAUUGAUGUGACUCAAUCAACUGACAAAAAUCUAAUUGCUGAAUGUAACUUUUGUCAUCCAAAAAAAAUAAUUAGAGGCUCGACACGGACAACUUCAAAUUAUACAUCUCACUUGGAAGUAAAAAUAAAAAGCCGCUGGUCAUGUGUAUUUGACCAAGAAACAUUUGAGAAAAACGUUACGACUUAUGUCUUGAAAUCACUACUACCAUUCAGUUCGGUUGAAGAUCCACAUUUUCGUAAAAUCUUUGAUGUUUCUUCAUUACAUAAACCAUUUUUGAACUCCAAUAUGCCAUUACGAAAAUGUCAAAAAUAA